UAUGUGUGGCGUUGAAAGAACUAUGUCAGCAGUAAGUUAACAUUGUUCUUUAGUUUCGUGGUUGGGUUGGCAGCUAAUAUUAUUUGUCCCGAAUUAUUUUUGUUUCGACUCUUCAAAGAUGGCGGACUCGCUGACGUAUAUCAUCAAUAAGAAAAGGGUCAAAUACGUACGUUGGCCAAUAGGUUGCGUAUGUACGUCAUCUUAAUGCGCCAGGAAAAUAUCACGAGGGUUAGAAUCUCGAAAGUUGGUACUGAUGGACUUUUAGGUAAAUAAUGCUGAUAAAAGGGAUUUAUAAAAUGCCAAUGUUUAGUUCUUUUUGGACACAUGGUCUGUUGAUUAUUCUAAACAUUGUAUGAAAUUAUCAUGAAUGCAAUCUAUUUGAAGCAAAGGUAUUUUUUAACCUUUCUCUCCUCGAAAAGCACCGGUUUCGCUGCUACUCUACACCGGGAUUCUCUCACCCCGUUCCAAUUUUUUCGUAAUAUGGCGACUAACACAACCAGCGUGGGGCCCGGGAAGAUGAAAAACCUCAAACAGAAAGAGAAGCAAGUGUUGCGAAGACAGAAAACUAAAAAUAACUUGAGCAAAAGAGGAACUUCUGACGGACCGUCUACGGUUUACCUGCAGGUGAUCGGUGCAGGAAGCAGAGACAAUCCUGCGUCUGUUUACGUCUUCUCUGAGUUUAACAGGUAUCUGUUCAACUGUGGGGAAGGAACUCAGAGACUCAUGCAGGAGCACAAGCUCAGAGUGUCUAGCCUAGACAACAUUUUCCUGACCAGAGUGAGCUGGGAGACGGUGGGUGGUUUAUCAGGAAUGAUAUUAACAUUGAGGGACAUUGGUGUCACUAAAUGUGCUCUCUCUGGACCCCCACAGCUGGAGAAAUUUGUUAAUGCGAUCAAAGUUUUUUCCGGAUCGCUUGAAGACAUCGCACUAUCGGUUCGACCGUACACAGAACAGCCCUAUUCAGACGAAACCAUGACGAUUUACCAGGUUCCGAUCUUCUCCCAGUCAGAAGAUCGAGGUAGGAUAAGUACCGCGACACCAGGCAGCCCUUCUCGGUCUACAGAGCGUGAAGGUCAAGGUCUCGGUGAAUUUAGAGGUGAAAGACGACCAACAACCAGAGAUACGUCUUUGGCGGUUGCUUUUGUAUGUAAGGUUCACCCAAAGAAAGGGAAUUUCCUGGUGUCUCAGGCAGUUGACCUGGGUCUCCCUGUAGGUACAGCAGCAAUUGGUCCAUUAAUUGCAGAGCUAAAGGCUGGGAGGACAAUCACAUAUAAUGGAGUAGAGAUCCAGCCUGAGCAGGUUUGCACCCCGACGUAUCCUGGACCCAUCUUUAUUAUCGUUGAGUGUCCGUCUGAGGAGUUUGUUUCAGCCGUCUGCUUGAAUGAGCAACUGAAAAGAUACCAAAUCCAUGGUGAAGAAGAUCCUGCAGUGCUGGUGGUCCACAUGACGCCUGAAUCUGUUUUAAACACUGGUCAAUAUAAAGCGUGGAUGGAAAGAUUUUCCUCAGCUACACACCUGAUCCUGAAUGAACAUGCCUGCACUGACCACAACAUCAGGUCAUACAAGAUCCAGGCUCAGCUCAACAUGAUUCACCCUGAGGUGUUCCCACCACUGAGGUCCUACAGAACAAAGGCGCCUCAGGCCACUCUACAUGUCCCCAUUGUCAGAGGAGAGUGUCUGCUCAAGUUUCAACUUCGACCUGGAAUGGAAUGGCAAAGAGAUGCCGUCCCUUCCUGCAACACAGAGGAGUUUGUGAAGGAGGCGUCAGAGAUCCCAAACUUUCUGGAAGAAGUGGAAAAUUGCAAGAGCGUUUGCUCAACAGACGCUGCAGAAGCUUCAGGGCCAAAAUACCCUGAGGUGGUUUUCUUGGGAACAGGAUCAGCUCUUCCAAUGAAGAUCAGAAACGUCAGUGGUACUUUAGUAAAUAUCAGCCCCGAUCAGUCGAUGCUGCUGGACUGCGGAGAAGGAACCUUCAGUCAACUCUGCAAACAUUAUGGAGACAGUGUGGACACAGCUUUAUCAAAAAUAUCCACCGUCUUCAUCUCGCACAUGCACGCUGAUCAUCACACCGGACUGCUGAAUGUUCUGUAUCAGAGAGAGAAAGCCAUGAAAAUCCUAGGGUUAUCCUUGACCCCAAUCAGCCUGAUCGCACCGAGGCAGAUUAUGAGCUGGCUCAAUCAAUAUCAUGACCACUGUGAAGAGAUUGUCGGCUAUGUCAAAUUCAUCCCAAACAUGGCUCUGUGUGUUGGUGCCGAGACGACCAAACAGUGGACAAAGUCACUCGUGACAGAAAUGCUGAAGAAGAACGAUCUCUUAACGUUUCAGACAUGCAAAGUACAUCACUACCAGAACGCCUUUGCCUGCUGCAUUACUCACCAGUCAGGUUGGAAACUAGCUUUCUCUGGAGACACAAUGCCCUGUGAUGCCUUUGUGCACUUAGGAAAGAACGCAACUUUGUUAAUACACGAGGCAACAUUAGAAGACGGGCUUGAACAGGACGCCGCAGAGAAGAGGCACAGCACAACCUCCCAGGCCAUUGGCGUUGGUGUGAAGAUGAACGCAGAGUUCAUCAUGUUGAACCACUUCAGCCAACGCUAUGCCAAGAUCCCUCUCUUCAGUGAAGACUUCACAGACAAAGUUGGAAUUUCAUUUGACCACAUGAGAAUUAGCUUUGCAGACUUUAAAAUCAUCCCGAGACUCAUCCCUGCGCUCAAAACCCUCUUCGCCGUCGACCUCGAAGAGAUGACUGAGAGACGGGAGAAAAGAGAAAUGAAAACUCAUAAAGGAAACGUAUCCGAAAUGAACGGUCCACACCCGAAUACGGCCUGCGGUUCUAAGCGCGUCCAGGAGGAGGGAGGGGACGUCAACGUAGAAGAAAAGAGAAUGAAGACCUUAUAAUAUAUUUAGUGACAGGAAAUUGAUGUUAGAACUUCUUGAGUGAUGCAUUUCGUUUAGGUGAACUUUGGAAAUUUUUAGUUGAAAGGCUGAAAUAAUCAAGUGUAUAUUUGUUUUCUUGUUUAUUUUUUUAAACUAUUGAUAGAAUUUUUAAGUUUUUGCUGAAAUGAUUAAAGCACUUCUCCACAG